AAACUUUUGAGAACGGGCAAGGACAAGGAACUUCACGCAAAAAAAAAUGCAUCUUCCAAUUCAAAUUGUUCGGAAACUAUACUAUGUAAUUCUUGCCGUUAUUGGAGUUCCGGUUAAUUUAGUUGCAGUCCUGAUCCUGUCACGGGGAAAAUGUGGACUAUCCACCUGCACCACUUGCUACCUUGUGGCCAUGGCAACUGCAGAUCUCCUCGUCAUCAUCACUGAGGUCGUACUGAAUCGAAUUGAUGAUUAUUAUUUCCCAUUAAAUUUCCUGAAAAUCACUCCUGUGUGCAGUGUUCGCUAUGUACUGCUCCGUGCUGCCACAGACUGUUCUGUCUGGUUCACUGUCGCUUUCACUUUUGAUCGAUGCAUUGCCAUUUGUUACCCAAAGCUGAAAUCUAAAUAUUGCACCAAGAAAGCUGCCACAGCGAUUCUCCUAAUAACCGGGAUACUUCUCUGUUUGAAAAACAUUCCAAUAUACUUUAGGUUUAAACCUCGAAGGAUAAUCAACAACGUACCUUGGCGCUGUUCUAAUAAGCCAAGCUAUUUUACUGACUCGAGAUGGAUUGGAUUUCGGAAGUUUGAAAAGAUUUUAACACCUUUGAUACCAUUUGGUUUAAUUCUAUUUCUCAAUGGUGUGACAGUCAGGAACAUUUUAUUGGUCAGUCGAAUUCGCAAACGACUCAAGUGUCACAGCAAGAGAGACUCUGAAACUGAGAGCAGAAGGAAGUCUAUCAUUUUGCUCUUCACAAUAUCCGGUAGCUUUAUACUUCUGUGGUUCAUCUACGUUUUAUACUUUUUCAAUGUUGAUGAUUUAUUGUCUGACCAACCUGCUUAUGUAUUUGAAAACGUUGCAUACAUGCUACGUAACUUAAGUUGUUGCACAAACACAUUUAUUUACGUGAUAACUCAGUCUCAGUUCAGAAAACAACUAAAGGGUUCAAUGAAAUAUCCCCUGUCAUUCAUUAUUGCAUUGAUUAGGAGACAAACAAAUUGACAUCAUUCCAAUGUAAAAAAGAACAAUGGAGUAAAGGUGAAUCACCCAGGUGAUUUUCCCAAUCCUUCAUGGUUUUCUUAUCUGGUGCUGGCUCUUCCUCCAACCGCAACUGUCUGUGUGGAGUUUGCACAUUCUUCCUGUGUCCGCAUGGGUUUCCUCCAGGUGCUCCGGUUUCCUCCCACAGUCCAAAGACGUGCAGGUUAGGUGGAUUGGCCGUGCUAAAUUUCCCACAGUG